AUCCUUAAUCGAUGAUCAGUCUAUUAAGCAACGAUUUGGGUGGAUUUUUUCGGAGUCAUUUUUUAACGAUUCAAAAAGGGUACUAUCACUCAUUUCGGGCGAUUUUUUGAAAUAUCAUUUCUUUUUAUUUUGAAAGUUACAGAUCACAUAUUCAUUCUAAGGCUAUUCUCCAACGAUAAUUGAGUCUAAUAAGUACUGGUUUGGAUGGAUUUAUUCCGGGUCCCUUUUUGGCAGGUCCCACCAUCACAGAUUUUGAGCGGUCGGAAGACCAUUUUUCUUGGCUCCACCAAUAAUGAAGUCUAUUAAUCGCCGAUUUGUGCAGAUUUUUUUCGGAAGGCAUUUUUUUUUUCGAAAGGUCAUUAUCCUUAUAUUUUUAAGACUACAAAUCACGAAUUUUACCUGAGACUAUUAUUCAUCGGUGACUAAUUCUAUUAAACAACGAUUUGGAAGGUUUUUUCCGGGAGCAUUUUUGGCAGAUUACAAAUGGUCAUAGAUUUCGGGUUACUUUUUGGAAAUACCAUUUUCUUUUGAUGUUGAAUGCUAUAGAUCACGGAUUUGACCUGAGGUAUUCUCCACCGAUGAUGAAGUAUAUUAAUAGGCUAUUUGGGAGGAUUUGUUUCGGAGGGUAUUUUCAUAUUUUUUUUUUUUUUGGAAAUAUCAUUUUCUUGUGAUUUUGAAUGCUACACAUUAUGGAUUCAGCUUGACACUAUUCUUCACCGAUGAUUAAGUGUAAUAAGCAAUUAUUUGGAAUGAUUUUUUUGCGGGCCAUUUUUGGCAGAUUUUAAAGGGGAUACCAUCACAGAUUUCCGGCGAUAUUUUUGAAAGACCAUUUUCUUUCGAUUUUGAAGGCUUUAGAACUCAGAUUCGGCCUAAGGCUAUUAGCAAUGAUUAAGUCUAUUAAGCAGCGAUUUGGGCGGAUUUGUUCCGGAUUCAUUUUUGGCAGAUCCCAAAUGUGUAUUGUCACUAAUUUCAUGCUAUUUUUUCGAAAGACCAUUUCCUUGUAUUUGAAGGCUACAAAACACCGAUUUGGCCUGAGUCUAUUCUUCACCGAUGAUGAAGUCUAUUAGUCACCUAUUUUGGCAGAUUUUUUUGAAAGGUAUUUUUGUAAUUUUUUGUGCAAUUUUUUGAAAGUCCAUUUUCUUUGGAUUUAGGAGGUUACAGAUCACGGAUUCGUCUAUUUUCCUUGGAUUUAUUCCGGGUCCACUUUUAGCAGAUUCAGAAAGGUAUCAUCAUAAUAGGGAAUACCCUAACCCUGGGAACGGGGCUUGGCCAUCCUUCGUUUGUGGUCGACGUUUCGACAAAGUUUGUCCAACGACAGCUGAAUCUUUCAAUCUGGUUGGAUUCAUGGUCGCAUUUGCAAACAAUCACAUAUUUGGACUGAGGCUUUUCUUCACUAAAGGUUAUGUCUAUUAGGCACCGAUUUGAGCGCAUUUAUUCUGAUUUCAUUUUUGGCAGAUCCAAAAGGGGUACUACCAUCACAUAUUUUGCGCGAUUUUUUUGGAAAUGUCAAUUUUUUUAUAAUUUUGAAUGCUACAUAAUACCGAUUUGGACUUAGGUUAUUCUCCACUUAUGAUGAAGUCUAUUAAUCGCAGAUUUGGUCGAGGUUUUCGGAGGGCAUUUUCAUAAUCUUCUGUGUGAUUUUCCCAAAUGCCAUUUUCCCGGAAUUCUGAAGGCCACAAAUCAUAGUAUUCACAGAUGAUUAAGUCUACUAGGUAACGAGUUGACAUGAUUUUUUCCUGGACCAUUUUUUGCAGAUUUUCAAAGGGGUACUACCAUCACAGAUUUCAUACUAUUUUUUCGAAAGGAUAUUUUCUUUUGAUUUUAAAGGCUACUGUUCGCAGAUUCGACAUAAGGCUCUCCACCAAUGAUUAAAUCUAUUAAUCGACGAUUUUGAACGGAUUUUAUUCGGAGUGUAUUUUACAAAAAAAAUUCUGCGAUUUUUUUCGAAAAAUCAUUUUCUUUGGAGCUAUCAACCACGCGGAAAAAAAAGCAUGCGCUUUUACAAAACCCAUAGUCCAUCCUAUUUCCGAUCAUAGUGUGAAAAGAAAAUAGUGUGUAAAAGGAGGUAAGACAAGAAUAGUGGGCUGUGGAAGGCUGGAAGCCCGCUACAAGUAAAAGGGACGUGGAGCAACUUCCCACCGCGUGGAAAUGGAUUCUCCAACUCGGCCCAAUUUGACUUUCUAGCCAUCAAAUCGAAAUCGAUAUUCCGUAUGAUCUAAACUUUGACCAAAAUAAAUAUUCUGGCCAAUCAUUUCUAUCUAUAACAUCCUAAUCCGAACUAUACACCAAAAUAAACAAUUUGACCAAACCUGAUGUUUGACCGUUAGUCAACGCGCCACGUCACUGCCAAAUCAGAAGAUAUGAUACAUAUUUAAUUUUUUUCGUUUUUAUUUUUGGUUUAACUAAGGUAUUAUAUGAUUUUUUUUAAUUUAUAAUAAUUUAAAAUUAUGGAAUGUGUGAAAAUUGUGAAUUAUUUUAAAUAUUUUAUGCUGACUUGGAAGUGACAUGGCGCGUUUGACCGUCCAAGUUAACGGUCAAAAGUCGGAUUUGGCCAAAUUAUUUAUUUUGGUGUAUAGUUCGGGCUAGUAUAUUAUAAAUCGAAAAGAUUGGCCAAAAUAUUUAUUUAGGUAGCCAAAAAUAUUAACCCUUUCUUUUACUAAUCCUGCAGCUUGCAAUUGCAAUGUGAAUGCACGCCAUUGCAAUAAACAGUGAGUUGGUGCCUCCGCCAUUAACAGAUCAGCCAAGCUUAUUGUUUUUUUUCUUUUAUAUAUAUAGCAACUUGCAGGAGAAGAGGAAAGAAGCAGAUCGAAGGAGCAGUGGCCGGUCAGGAUAAGAAAGAGCAAUCGGAAGCCGUAAUCAGAAAUGGAGGAAGUGAUGAGCUGCCUGAGAGUCGUGAUGUUCCAACCGCCGCCGUCGCUCUUCGUAUCAGCGAUGUCGGCGGCGGUGGUUGCGUAUUUGGCCUUCUUCGGCUUCUCGGAGAUCCGAGGCACACACUUGAAGUACUCCAAGUUCGCCGGCUCGUCGUCGUCGCCGUCGUCGAAAUCGUCCUCCUGGUCCUCCCUCCCCAGCAGAAUCGGGAUGUUCGUGCUCUACUUCCCUGCCUUCCUCGCCGCCAUCGCCUCCUUGCUCUUCCUCCAUGGCGGCGGCGCUCCUCCGUCUUCUAGGCUCCUCCUUGUCGAGUCCGCCCUCGCCAUCCAUUUCCUCAAAAGGCUGCUCGAGACACUGUUCCUGCACAAGUACAGCGGCACCAUGGCCGUGGAAUCCGCGAUUCCGAUCAGCCUAAGUUACUUCAGCAUCACGGCAAUCACGAUCUACGCCCAGCGUUUGACGGAGGAGGCAAUGAUCCCGGAGCCGGCCGUUGAUUUGAAGCUCUACGGGGCGGUGCUGUUCGUCGUUGGGAUCGCCGGGAAUUUCUACCACCAUUACUUGCUCUCCAAGCUGAGAUCAGACCGCGGCGAGAACAGCAAGAACAAGAACAAAGAGUACAAGAUCCCCAAGGGUGGGAUGUUUGAGCUGGUGAUCUGCCCUCAUUACCUGUUCGAGAUCAUCGGAUUCUACGGUAUAGCCCUCGUCUCGCAGACGCUCUACGCGUUCUGUGUCGCCGUCGGGACUACUCUGUACCUGAUGGGAAGGAGCAAAGUCACCAGAGAGUGGUACCUGUCAAAGUUUGAUGAUUUCCCUGCUCAUGUCAAGGCUCUGAUUCCCUUUGUUUUCUAGAUUAUCGAUCGGUACGAGAGAAUUGAGAACCUUGACGACGACUGGCUUGUUGCCAGUUUCGUCGUGUUAUUACUGUCUAAUGUCACACUGUAAUUUACAUGUCAAUCAAGUGGGGGAGCUUAC